AUGGCCUACUGCCGACAGGACGGGAAGGAUCAAAUCGUAUUUGUGACCAGAGAAGACGACGAAAGUUCCAGCAACGGAAGCAAGGCUGAGCUGGUGGUGGAUGACCCCAGUGAUCCCUAUGAGGAGUAUGGGUUGAUAAUGCCAAACGGAGAAAUUAACUGGAAUUGCUCGUGCCUUGGGGCAACAGCCAGCAGCCCCGGUGAAGAGUACUUCAAGUCUGCCUUCUCCUGCUUCUGCUACAGCACCGAGGAACUCGAGGGAUCGGACUGUAUAGACGAGUUCCAGGCCAUGCAGGAGUGCAUGCAGAAAUACCCGGACGUCUAUCACCAAGAAGAGGAGAACGAGGAGGAGGAGGAGGAAGAGGAGCCAGCAACACUGAUGGAGGUAGCAUUUGCCACUGAGGCCUCUGCUGCCAAACAGCAGGAGCCAAGUGCCUGA